CAUCGGGUCGGAUCGGAUCCGCUGCUGCUGCUGCUGGUUUAGAAGAAGCGGCUGCUCGUCCAUCUGCCAGGCCGCUGUAGGAGGCUCCGGGGCGGGGGAAGGAAGCUCCGGCGGCUCGGUGCGAAUAAACACCGAGCGGCUGCUUCCCCUUGAUGCUUGGUUACAGGAGCUGCAGAGAACACAAGCUCCAGGAAAUCUACCCCAGGAAGGAAGGAUGAGCUGCAAAGGAGGAGGAAGGAGAGGAGGAGGAGGAGGAGGAUUCCUCACCAUGUUUCUUUCCUUGUGUCUAACAUGGACACAGCUGCUGAUCUCAGAAUCUUCUGGUGGAAGUCUCUUCCCUCCAUCUCAGUAUGAUGUGGACGCCCUGCCGAAGCCCCGCCCCCAUCAUCUUCAUCAUCAUCUUCACCAUCACCAUCAUCAUCAUCACCGUGUCCACCAUCAGCCCCUCCCCAGCUCCAUCCCGACCCCCUCGGCCCCUCCGACCCCCGACGCCGUCCUGGAGUCCAGGUUCCUCCAGGAGCCCAGCAGAGCUCAUCCCAGCCUGGACCUGCUGGCUCGACCUGCUCCCCAGGGGGCGGGUCCAGAACACGGCGCCGUGUCCGCACGCCAUCUGGUUACCGUGUCUCUGGCCGUGGAUGUGAGGAGGCUGAACGUCAGUCUUCUUCGUUGGUUUCGGGAGGGCGUAGCGGCGGCGCUGGGCGUUCCUGCAGGACACGUUCACAUCAACCAGCUGAAUGAGAAGAAGAAUGGCAUCGAGCUCUUUGUGUCCUCUGAUAGGCCGGGUGUCUCGGAGCCCCGCCCCGCUGAGGAGGUCAUCCAAUCACUGAACGUCCGGGUUCUUCAUCGCCACCUGGGACACUUCGGCAUCACCGAGGUCUCCACCGAGAAGAACGUGCUGCAGGGUGAACAGAGGGACCACGUGUGGAGCAGAGAAGGUUUCUACGCCGUCGUCCUCUUCUUCACCGUCUUCAUCAUCGUCAUCACCUGCUUGAUGGUUUUGUUCCGACUCAAGGAGAAGGUUCAGGUUUCUGACAGACAGCUCAAAACUCCGCCCCCUGACGUCCACCUGAGCCCGACCGUCCCCCCAGACUCCGCCCAGAGGUCAAAGGGCACCAAGGCUGUGACGUCAGGAAGCAUGGUCCAGGCUGAGCUCCCUCCAGCUGUAGCCACGCCCAUUCCCCAGCAGCAGCCAAUCACAGCCUGCCGCCGCCUCGCUCCUCCUGUCGUCCCUUUGCCGAGCCCCGCCCCUGUCCGUGUCAUCAGUUGUGAAGACCACGCCCCUCCCGCCAGUGUUGCCCCAGCAACCGCCAGUUACGAGCUAAAGCCCUGCCCCUCCCCCUUCAAGAUGAAACCUGCUGCAGGACUUCAGGAAAGACGUGGAUCCAACGUCUCUCUGGUUCUGGACAUGUCGGCCCUCGGGGCUGUCGAGCCCCUCAGCGUUGCCGUGGUAACCCCCAGGGAGGCAGCGGCCAGGGAGUACCUGCUGUCGGCCGGGCGACCGUUGACCCGGCAACAGCUCAGAGACAUCGUCAACAACACGCACAGGCUGCACGCCGAGUUCGCAGAAAUUCCGAUGAACUUCAUUGAUCCCAAGGAGCUGGACGUCCCAAACCACGGGACCAAGAACAGAUACAAGACCAUACUCCCCAACCCUCAUUCCAGAGUGAUCCUGAAGUCAAAGAGCUGCAACGACCAGCUGAGCUCCUACAUCAACGCUAACUACAUACGGGGUUACCUUGGCGACGACAAGGCGUUCAUCGCCACUCAGGGUCCCAUGGUGAACACGGUCAACGACUUCUGGCAGAUGGCGUGGCAAGAGGAGGCGCCGGUCAUCGUCAUGAUCACCAAACUCAAGGAGAAGAACGAGAAGUGCGUCCUCUACUGGCCGGAGAAGAGAGGGAUCUAUGGGAAGGUGGAGGUGUUGGUGAACAGCAUCAGAGAGUGUGAACACUACACCACCCGCAGCCUCACGCUCAAGUGUGGGAAUCAAACCCGCGUCCUGCAGCAUUACUGGUACACAUCGUGGCCCGACCACAAAACCCCCGACUCGGCGCUGCCUCUGCUGCAGCUGAUGACGGACGUGGAGUCGGACCGACAUACGGCCCCGACCAUGGGUCCGGUCAUCGUCCACUGCAGCGCCGGCAUCGGACGGACGGGAUGCUUCAUCGCCACGACGAUCGGCUGUCGACAGCUGCAGCUGGAGGGAGUUGUUGACGUCCUGAGCAUCACCUGCCAGCUCCGAGCCGACAGAGGGGGUAUGAUCCAGACAGGUGAGCAGUACGAGUUCGUCCAUCACGCCUUGAGCCUGUACGAGGCCCGCCUCUCUGCAGAAACCGGCCAAUGAGAGCUUCCACGGCUUCAAGCAGGAAGUGAGCGAACACGGCGAGUUCCUCUGGAGGGAGGAGCUUUGAGUUUGAUGGACAACCAAUCAGGACUAUUGUGAGCAUGAAGAAAAGAAGGAAGGUAACUUUCAGAGAGUGGGAAUGUAUCUUCUUCUUCUUCUCUGCUUCUUCUUCACGUGUUGUCGGCGGGCGAUGAUGGAACUCAACUCAGACCCGCCCACUUCACGUCUCUUAAACCGGCCGACCAUCAUCGUCGUCGUGUUGUUUCUGAACUAACCAGACUGUCCUGUUACCUCUUCUUCUCUGUCUCAGAGACGUAGAAGUAGUUUGACUGGAGUCAGUGGUUUCUGUGUCUUACAUGAUUUUAAAGCUCUUCUUCUUCUUCUUCUUCUUCUUUUUUUUUUUUUUUUAAACGUGGUGUUCUUUGGAAUAUGACUGUUAGCUGGUCACACCCUCGGUUUACACCUCGGCUUGGUUUGUGACGUCAGCACGCCAAAUAUCACUCUGUAGUUUAGCCACACCGCUAACGUUAAGGCAAAAGAACCAAAUAUUAUAAAUCCUAAAAGUUCAGCUCAGUUGAGAUGCUACUUUGCCUAACUAGCCAGAUGCUAACAUUACUUCCUGAUAUGUUACCACGUUUGAUAUCCGGUUAAACCUCACAGUAUUAGCUAAUAUUUAUUUUUGUACUGUUGAACAAAUGCAGCUCAGACGAGAGUUUAACAGGAAGAAUUAUGGGAGUUGUAGUUAUUAUCUUAGUAGAUGGAAACCCCACAACUAUUUUAAAACUUUUACAAAGACCAAUGAAUGAAAUUAAUUAAUGUGUAUGAGGAACAGCUAGAAACAAGUGGCUUUACUUAAUGUAGGAAUUGUGAAGUCAUAAUGAAAAUAUUUACAGAUGAAGAGAAAAUGUUAUGAAAUUAAAACCACACAACUAAAUUUUAAGAAUAAAUCCUUAAAGUUCGGCUCAGUUAAGAUGCUACUUUGCUAACUAGCCAGAUGUUAACGUUACUUCCUGAUACGUAAAGACAUUCCAUAUCCGAUCGAUAGCAUUAGCCGUACAAAUGUCCAAAAAUAGUUUAAAAAAGCCACUGCACCUGUUGAGUUAAGAGUCAUCUAAAAAAAAACAUUUUUUUAAACAAUGUUUGGAUAUAAACCAUGACCUAGAUGACAGAAAACCUUCACAGACACAUUAGCCAUACAUGCUACACAUGUUAAAAGCUAACACAUCAAUCUAGUGACCAGUAAGCUCAUGCUAAGCUAAGUCUUGUAGAACAACAAAGCAAUUUGAGGUUAAUUCUAGCUUUAGUAGGUCAGUGUUGCUUUAAUGCUAAUAGAUAGAUUCUAACCUAUAAGCUAGCACGCUAUGCUAACGCAGUAUUUUGUUGUUGUGCUGCUAAGACAAGUUUUAUUUUUGUACCGUUGAAUAAAUGCAGCUCAGAUGAAGGUUUAACAGGGAGGAUUAUGGGCGUUGUAAUUAUUAUCUUAGGAGAUGGAAAUCCCACAACUAAAACUCUUAGAAAGACCAAUGAAUGAAAUUUAUUAAUUAAUAGAAGAUGAUGGAAAACGAGGUACGAUGGCACUUUUGGCCAACAAUUAAAAUGAGUCUUGCUGGAUUAUCGCUCGUUAUAAUCUCACUCCUACAUCAAUGUCUCCCCUUUUAUCGUGUGAUUUGUUGCUUUAAACCAAAAAAUGUGAAAUAAUUUAAGUCACUAUGUUGUAAAUCUGUAAACGAGUUGUUAUUUUUGGUGUAUGAGAGUAAUAAUAUCUUUAUUUUUAUAGUGUUUUUUACAUGGUUUCAGUGUCUUUUAGCAGAAUCAAUAAUUGGCUUUUAGUUGACAGAAAAAUCGUAGUUUGAAGAACAUUCGGAUGUGACCUCUAAACUGAGCCCCGUUCAAGCUUCUCGAACUAAACGCUGGAGCAAUAACUGCCUCAAAACAAAAACAAAUCAAACGAAACGUGCGAGUCAAGAAGAGGAGGAAGAAGGUUGGUUUUUAUAUUUCGUAUAAAUAUUUUAGAAUAAAAUGGAAGUUUAAACGCGGAGGUGUUUUUAUUUUUCUUUAGUUCCUGUGUCCAGUGUUGUAGAGGCGAUGCCAGUAACGAAGAACAUUGAACUCCUCCCCCAAUCAUCUCCAUGUGAAUGAACAGCGUACGCGACAUGUUCAAAGUGCUAUUAAUGUCCACGCCACAAACACAAACCUUGCUGCUACGAGCCGGGAGAGCGUCGACGGACAAUAAACGACACGACUUUUUCUACGCACCGAGAAGUUUUUAUUUUCUACACAUGGUUCAACCCAUGGGACUCGGGACCAUUGUCAACACACCAGAGUUCACUGGUGAUAAUAUGUUAUAGGAAGUGAAAAGUUUAGCCUCAUUCCCUCUGCUGCAACAGCUACGACAACACACACACACACACACACACACACACACACACACACACACACACAGACUGCCUCUGACGUCGUAUUGUGUAUCAACAGUGGGAUGUGGUUCAUGUACUUUAUCGUUGGUGGAGCUUAAAGGGACCUUUUUAUCUUUAUAUAUCUUCUCAUUCACUUUUUAUUAGACACAUCAACACUAUUCACACUGGACGAGUUUUACCUGGAACAGAUAAACUAAUUUAUGAUCCAUAGUUAUGGCUCUGCUACUUUCCAACUCAAUUCACUUUGUGUCAGACCCAGCUCUAAUUACUUUCCAAAUUAUAAUGAAUCAUAAAAUAUAUAUAAAUGAGUCUAUUGAUCCCAGGGAGGAAAUGACCAAAGACCGGUCAGUAUUUAAACCAGCUCCGCCUUCACUCAUGAACACAUUCAUUCUUGAUUAAUGUGUUCAUGAGUCAAAACGCGUUGGUUAUCCGGCGUUUUUCCGCCUCUUCAGAAUCAUGAAGGAUGUUUGAUGAAUCAAAGUGUGGACAGAUGUUAGGGAGUAAAGUGGAGACGUCUCUGACUCAUUAGACCAGGAUGACAUCAUGUUUAUUAUAGCAUUUUCAUCUUCUCAGAGUUUCUCAAUUAGGCUGGUUUGGGAUUCGUACUCAUUUUCAUACCCUCUAAACAUAAACCCCAGAGUGUUCCUCAUAUAGAAUCCAGAUGAAUGAAUGUCUCAUAUCUGGUUCUUGGUCUCAUAUCUGGUUCCUGGUCUCAUAUCUGGUUCCUGGUCCUUAAACUAAUGUAAACAUGUAUUUGUCACAUUAGAACAUAAGAGCUGAUUCAGACACUUGUCAACAUCAUCACAUUAGAAACAUUAGGACACUUGUUUUUCUUCAUGGUUGAGAGGAACCAGGAACCAAGUUACCACAUAUGGCUCCUGGUUCCUGGAGGGUUAAUGAUGAGAACUUUCUGAUGAAGGUCCUCCAGUCUUUGUACUUAGAACUUAAUUAAUUAACUUGGAAAUGGAGUUUUUUCACCUGUUUUACAGUGAUGUCAGCAGAUUAAGGAGAAGGAGGCUCAACAAAGGAUAGAAAUGAGUGUCCACAUUAAACUUCCUGAGCUAAAAUAAGAAAACUGACUCAGAACACAACUGGAUCCUAAUUAUAACAGGAGGUCCCGAUCGAGAAGAAGGAAACGGUGUUAAAGUUCUAAAGGUUCCUUUAAGCUCCUCCAGGGUGAACAUCACAGAUCAUUGAGUGCGCUCGAUGCUAACGCCGGUGUACGACAUAUUCUACAUAUGUUAGUGGGUUUUUAAUGUGCUACUUAUCAACUUGAAUGUUGUAAUAGUCCAGACUUAGCCACUGAGUAGUGCUGUAACCUCCUUAUCUACUCUACCUGCAUAUUUACUGUUACCUGUUAACCUGUACAUUAAAAACACUGGACAUGA